UUUAGCUUCCAUAAGACCAAUGUAUAAGCGCCCUCUGUAAACCCACCUAUCUUUCUAUGCACCUUGGUCGAUGCGUUUUUGUUUUUCUUUCACAGACAUUUUUCAUUCAGAAAGGGUACGUUCAUCCGGUUGGUGAGGAAUUAAAUCUUCACCAUGGUGAACGGCCGCGUUCCUUCGGUACACAGCAAGACAUAUGUCACCCCAAGAAGGCCUUUUGAGAAGGCACGACUCGAUCAGGAGUUGAAAAUCAUUGGCCAGUAUGGUCUCCGCAACAAGCGCGAAGUCUGGAGGAUCAAGUACGCCCUGGCUAAAAUCCGUAAGGCCGCCCGUGAGCUGCUGACCCUUGAAGAGAAGGAGCCCAAGAGGUUGUUCAAUGGCAAUGCCCUUCUCCGUCGUCUGGUCCGCAUUGGUGUGCUUGACGAGAGCCGCAUGAAGCUUGAUCACGUUUUGGGCCUUAAGAUCGAGGAUUUCUUGGAGCGUCGUCUGCAGACCCAGGUCUUCAAACUUGGACUAGCUAAGUCCAUCCAUCACGCUCGAGUGUUGAUCCGCCAGAGGCAUAUUCGUGUCCGCAAACAGGUGGUGAACAUUCCCAGUUUCACAGUCCGCCUGGACAGCCAGAAGCACAUUGACUUCUCCCUCAAGUCGCCCUUCGGUGGUGGCCGCCCUGGUCGUGUCAAGAGGAAGAACAUGCGUAAGGCUACCAGCGGUGGUGGUGGCGGAGACGAAGAGGAGGAUUAAAUGUUACAUUUACAUUACCUCGAAUAAAUAUGGGUUUAUUCAACAA